CAGAUGAUAAAUAAUUCAAUCCAGUACAAGAACUUCCAGAUUGAGGUGAAGAAAGGCGGGUACUUCCUACAUGGUUCGAACAAGUCUUCCUCAUCCUUAAAAGAACUGAUGGAUCACCUGAAAGGACAAAUACUUCGGACAGACAACAUAAGCUUUACACUGAAGAGGUGUUGCCAGCCAAAACCAAGAGAAAUCUCCAACUUGCUUGUUGCAACCAAGAAGGCGCAGGAAUGGCAACCUGUUUAUCACCUAGGGCAGCUGAGUUUCCAUCGAAUCCUCAAGGAAGAAAUCAUGCAGGGCGAACAUCUUGGAAGAGGGACGAGAACACAGAUUUACUCAGGGAUUCUCAACUACAAAGAUGAUGAGAACGAAGGAUAUCAGAAUGAAAAAGAGAUUAAAGUCCUUCUCAAAGUCUUGGACCCCAGCCACAGAGACAUUUCUUUGGCGUUCUUUGAAACAGCAAGCAUGAUGAGGCAGGUGUCCCACAAGCACAUUGUCCUCCUCCAUGGAGUCUGCGUCCGUGAUGUUGAAAAUAUCAUGGUCGAAGAGUUUGUUGAAUUUGGGCCUCUGGAUCUGUUUAUGCAUCGGAAAAGUGAAGUUCUGACAACUCCUUGGAAAUUCAAAGUUGCCAAGCAACUUGCAAGUGCACUAAGCUACUUGGAGGAUAAAGAUUUGGUACAUGGAAAUGUGUGUACUAAGAACAUUCUACUGGCACGAGAGGGAAUUGACACUGAAUAUGGCCCUUUCAUAAAGCUGAGCGACCCAGGAAUACCAAUAACUGUGCUGUCCAGGCAAGAAUGUGUUGAGCGAAUCCCCUGGAUUGCACCUGAGUGUGUUGAAGACUCCAAAAAUUUAAGCAUUGCAGCAGAUAAGUGGAGUUUUGGUACAACACUGUGGGAAAUCUGCUAUAAUGGAGAAAUACCACUGAAAGACAAGACGUUAGCAGAGAAGGAGAGGUUCUACGAGGGGCAUUUUGUGUUGGCAACACCAUCGUGCAAGGAACUAGCUGACCUGAUGAAACAGUGCAUGAACUACGAUGCCCAUCAGAGACCCUUCUUCCGAGCAAUCAUGAGAGACAUCAACAAACUGGAGGAACAAAAUCCUGAUAUUGUCUCGGAGAAGAAGCCUUUUACAGAGGUCGAUCCCACGCUCUUUGAAAAACGAUUCUUGAAAAGAAUCCGUGAUUUGGGAGAGGGCCACUUUGGCAAGGUUGAACUCUGCAGGUAUGACCCAGAAGGCGACAAUACAGGGGAGCAAGUGGCGGUUAAAUCUCUAAAGCCAGAGAGUGGAGGGAAUCACAUCGCUGAUCUCAAGAAGGAAAUAGAAAUCUUGAGGAAUCUUUAUCACGAAAACAUUGUCAAAUAUAAGGGAAUUUGCACAGAAGAUGGAGGGAGUGGGAUUAAACUCAUCAUGGAAUUUCUUCCUUCUGGGAGCCUAAAGGAGUAUCUCCCUCGGAACAAGAACAAAAUCAAUCUCAAACAACUUCUGAGAUAUGCGGUUCAGAUCUGCAAGGGAAUGGACUAUUUGGGCUCCCGUCAGUACGUGCACCGUGACUUAGCAGCAAGAAACGUCCUUGUUGAAAGUGAGAACAGAGUGAAGAUUGGAGACUUUGGCCUCACCAAAGCAAUCGAGACCGAUAAGGAGUACUACACUGUCAAAGAUGACCUCGACAGCCCUGUUUUUUGGUAUGCGCCAGAAUGCUUGCUUCAGAGUAAAUUUUAUAUCGCCUCGGAUGUCUGGUCGUUUGGGGUGACGCUCUAUGAACUGCUUACCUACUGUGAUUCGGAGUCCAGUCCCAUGGCAGAGUUCUUGAAAAUGAUCGGCCCCACGCAGGGACAGAUGACAGUAGCACGGCUGGUGCGUGUCUUGCAAGAAGAAAAGCGUUUGCCACGUCCACCCAGCUGCCCAGAGGAG